AUGCGCGCUGAACGACAGCGUGCGCUGGUGCCGACCACUUGGACAGCCUUGGUUCUGGCCCUCGCAUGUCUGUUCUUCGACAGCACAGCAACCGCUGAUGUCGUCAUCUUGCCCGGCGGCGCACCGCGUCGGUACAACGGUCCACCCGGCGCCACGUCACUGGACGACUUUUACCGGCGCAGCGCCGCCAACGAGUUUGACCAUGCCAGCAGCGACGAGCAGGUCCUCAUGGGCGUGUUCGACGACAGCACGUUCCAGACAGCCAACCAGGUCCUGCCCUCCUCCGAGAGUUUUGUGCGCGGUGCCCUGCAGGCCUGGGCCGAGCACCUCCAUCUCGUGCUCCGGCCCGACGAGGUCUGGUUCACGAUCCUGACGCAGCUGUUCUUUUAUGUCGGCAGCCACCGCAACGAGACGGCCGAGAUCUAUGAGCCUCGGGCGGCUGGUGCCGACCCUAUGACGCUGAGCGACUUUGAAUGGUUCCGUGUCAUCCAGGAUUUCAAGUACGAGGCGGAGAGCCACUGCCACGCGCCUUGGCUGAUGCUGUGGGCCAUGCCCAAUUUCACCACCUCGACGGUCGUCGACGAGAUGACGUCCACGGUUAUUUUGCUCGGGCAGAAUGAGGCCCACGCGGCCGCGGCGGGGCAGCCGGAGGAGGGCCGCCGGCCGGCAUGUGGUCUGCCGUCGGUGACGCUAGAGGGCGCGCAGGACGACUGGGCCGAGAUGCUGCGGAAGCUCGACCGCCUGCCCGCGUUCGGUUCGCAGGCGGCGGCCUACAAAGACCAGCUGACACCCAUCCUGCGGCAGUUCAUUCGCAGCUUUGACGCGCCCGACAGCACAGCUACGCGCCUCUUUUGGAACCAGAUUGUGACGGCCGCGGGCGACAACCCGGCCUGCCUGGGCACACCAGAGCACGAUACUGUGUCGGGUUGGCUGACCGGUUUCUUUUACUGGACAUCGACCGGUCAACGACUGGUGCCCCUGAACAGCACCAUCCGUAGUGGUGCUUCGACGAAGACGUCCGCCGUGACGAGGCUGGACAAUGUCACAUACGGCGCGUUGGCCCUUGUCGACCUUCCCAUUUCAUACGCGCGGGCGCCCUUUAUUCUGCGCGACUUCAACAACACGGCCAAGUUCGAGGCAUAUGUUCUGGCCGGCACAUUGGGCAAGCAGGUCUCGCCCGGCGCGCCCGACGGCUAUGCCGACGCGUUGCGGCGGGCGAAUCAGACGGCACUGUUGACGUCGGUGAAUUCGACCAUCCAUAGCGCACUGAUGCCUCUGUCGGCGUGGAUGUUAUACGGACCGGCCAACUUCACGGCCCCCGAAGUGCAAUGGGAGGCUGAGCCCGAGCUCGCGGAUCUCGCUGCGUCACUACGAGUCGUGUCUAAUGAUACGCAGUGUCAAGGAAAGACAAAUCACGCUCGUGGGUUUGGUUCGUACGGAAGAUAG